AUGCUCAGAAAGCGUUUGAAUAAACACAAUCUAUGCUACAAAUUAGAGAAAGUUUUGCCGCUUGUAAAGAAAAGCAUUCCUGAAUUAUCAGGCUUGCCCUUAAGUUCAAUAAUAGUUGCUACAGCGUUUGCUUCUUCAAAAACUUUGGCAUCUGCUUUUCAUACUCCAGGUUGUCCCUUUUAUUCGAGACAGCUUCCGAUAACCGAGCUCAUGAGUGAUGCAACCUUACAAGACAAAAUAUGUGUUUCUUGCUUAAAGAAAGAAGUCCAUUUCUUAUCGUCUGAAGCCUUUUGUGAUGAUAUGGAAAUGAGAUGCAUUGCUGAAAGUUCUGAAGUCGAUCAGGUACCACGACAGCUGCUAUCUAAAAUUGUGAAUGAUUAUGGGUCAUUUUCAUCAUUUGUAGAAGAUUUAGUGUUUUUUUCAUGCAAUCAAGCAUCACCUGGAAGGACUUGGGGAGUCUUUGAUGGGAAAAAAAUCAGCAUUAUGAGCUUACCACUCAACGUUGUGCCGUUAAUAUAUGGUCUGUGGCCACUGGCGCUAAUCAAUAUGUCCGAACGGUAUCUUUGUGAUGAAAUACUUGCACUUAGUACCCAGGCGGAAUUGACUGCCCAUACGACAUUACAGUCAACUCAAAAACCCUUUUGGAGCCGAGCUGCCCGUAAUCCCUUUUCCAUAAUAUCUGCCCCUCAGCAUUACCUUUCACCACUUUCUGCAGUUAGCAUUGAGGACGGCGACGAAAGGCUUCACAAAAUUCGAAAACAGGUAGCCAAGAAAAGUGUAAAUUUCAUGCGGUGGAGUUUCGUUAACAAUCAACUAAUAGAAGCGACGAAUUAUUUUAGCUCACCAGAGCGGCGCACAGCGCACUCUGAAUAUCGUGCAAGAGAAGAACGAGAAGCAUCGUUAUUAGCGCUUCGCAACUACAAGGAGCACACGGAUAAUAUUCAUGAUCUUUCUGAUACUGCUGGCCCGGUUCAUUCUAUUUCUCUUAAUGCUUCAAAACGCACUGAUAUUAGUCAUGAUAUGAGUAGCCAUAACGAAGGUUUGGGUCAUAAUAGUCGUUCUGCAGAAGUGGAAGGAUAUUAUCGAAGUUAUUGUUCUUCUGAAGUAAAUCAGAAAGCGACCAACGAAUCCUCUAAUUUGAGUGAAGAAAAGAAAGAGACAAAUAAUCAAGGGCAGGAGCUAUCCUUUACUUCUAGUGAAUAUUCCGAUGCUAAUGCCACCACAAAAAUCGAUUUACCUGAUCCUAACGUCUUACAACACGCUGAUGGCUCGUGGGAAUAUCAGUAUCGAAAUGGUGAUCAAACUUUUGUUCUUACGGACGGCACCAAAGUCUUUAAAACUGAAGGUGUUACUACAACUGUGCGUACUGAUGGUAGUACCCUUUUCGAGUAUCCCAAUGGGUCUGUUAUCUUGGAUCGCUCUGAUGGUAUUCGUAUUACAACAUACCCAGAUGGAACUUCAAAGGAGGAAGAUAUCAAUUCCUGA